UUAACUGCAUGCGAGGUGACAUCAUUGGCCUAAUUGCUCUCUCCAAGAGAUGAUUGGAUUGUUUUUAGUUAUAUGUACUAUCAAUAAAUCAUGAAUAAUCAAUGACACAAAGUAACUUAUUUACAUGAAUAAGUUCAAAUAUACAAUUAAAUUAAAAUUUGCUUAUUUUACAACUGUAAAAGAAAAUGGCUCAAAGCGUAAAAGAGUUCAAAGCUCCAACUCAUUUAUCUGUAGAAUCUAUGAAGAUAAUUGCAGAAUCUGUUGGUGUUUCAAACCUUUCAGAUGAAGCGGCAAAAUUACUGGCUGAUGAUGUUACUUACCGUUUAAAAACUUUAAUACAAGAUGCAAAGAAAUUCAUGGGCCAUGCAAAAAGGAAAAAAUUGUGCAUCGCAGAUUUGGAUCAUACACUCAAAGCUAAGAAUAUUGAGCCUUUAUAUGGGUUUGUUUCAAAUGAAUUCAUCCCCUUCCGAUUUGCCAGUGGAGGUGGAAGAGAAAUUUAUUUCUUAGAAGAAAAAGAGAUGGAAUUGAGUGAUAUUGUGGGAUCACAGAUGCCAAAGCUGCCUCUAGAUAUUUCAGUCAAAGCUCACUGGUUAAGUAUUGAAGGUAUACAACCAACCAUUCCUGAAAAUCCACCACCAGUGUCUAAAGAUCAACAGAAAAUUGAAAGUAUGGAUCCAACAGCUAAAAUGCCGAAAAUAGGAGCCAGUCCUACCAAUAAGGGAUCUAAGGAAUCACAUUUGGAAAUUGUGGGCUUGAAACAACUUGCAACUCAUGAAUUGUCUGUGGAGCAACAGUUGUAUUACAAAGAAAUUACAGAAGCUUGUGUUGGUUCUGAUGAGUCUAGGCGGGCUGAAGCUCUUCAAAGUUUGGCUUCAGACCCAGGUUUAUACCAAAUGCUUCCUCGCUUGAGUCAAUUUAUUUCUGAAGGUGUGAAAGUUAAUGUAGUUCAAAACAACCUUGCCCUUCUUAUUUACUUGAUGCGAAUGGUUAAAGCAUUGCUAGACAACCAGACACUUUUUCUUGAAAAAUAUUUGCAUGAGCUUAUUCCUGCCGUAUGUUCCUGUAUUGUUAGCAAGCAGUUAUGCACAAGACCGGAUGUUGACAAUCAUUGGGCUCUCAGGGAUUUUGCAUCUCGUCUCAUAGCCCAGAUUGCCAAAAAUUUCAAUACAACUACAAGUAAUGUUCAAACUCGAGUCACCCGAAUGUUUAGUAAAGCUCUCUUCAACGAAAAGAUGCCAUUAGCUUCUCAGUAUGGUGCCAUUUCUGCAUUGUCGGAACUCGGACCAGGAGUUGUACAGACUUGUGUUAUUCCUCGUGUGAAAACUAUUGCAGAGCGUAUUCGUCAGUCCCUGGAAGGACCAAUGGUUUCAAGUAUUGAAAAGAGUUCUGCAGAGCAUGUUAAGCAAAUAAUAUUGAGAGUUUUAUCUCCUGUGCUUAAAUCCAGCAAUAUAGUUGGCGACAGUUUAGAAGAUUACAAGAAUGAGUUUGGAUAUUUAGGACCUUUUCUUCAUAACCAUGUCAUGAGGACCAGAUUGCAGACAACCACCAGUCUUCCUACAGCACGGACAACAUUCACUGUAUCUCAGCCUCGCAUAGUUUCUACUAUCACAAGGCCUCCAAGCAUUAUAGCAGUUCCACGAACAGCUGGAACUGUUGGUGUACCAUCCCCAACUGGUCCUAAAUAUGUUAUAGUUACAAACAACACUCGGCCAGGAACACCUGUUUCUUCUGUUAGCCAAGCGUCCCCUACUCCAACCAGCAUUAAUAAUAGUGCAGCUCCAACACUUGUCAAAAUUGCCACAACUUCUUCUGUAGCUCCUACUCCAAGUAAACCUAUUACAUCUAAUUCUCCAUACUCAAAACUUGUUGUUCUGCAACCAGCAUCUGGUGAAUGCGAGACAGUAGUGAAAUCAGAAGUAUCUACACCUGUGCACAGUCGACCAGGAUCACCUGAAGUAGCUGCUUAUGUUUCAGCUUCAGACACAAAUGAACAUAACUGAAUAUUUCCGUCUAUGAUAUUAAUAUAAAAGAAAGCAAUAUUAGAAACAUUUUCUCCUGUUUUAGGAAUCCACCACAUAGUGCCAGAACUUAAAGAAAUUGCUAUAAUUUUUUUAUUAUUACUUUUUCUCUUGUUGAACCCCGUGCUUUACUUGACCACCCAGUUGUUCAAACAGUAUUCAGCAAGCGUGAGAUCUUAAACAGUCAUUUGAUUCAUACAUAAUGAGAGUCAUCUGAAGUAGAGAUUUGUAUUUUAUCUUCUAAUAACUAUGCAAAAUAAUUAAAACUUUUCAUCUUCCAUAUGAAAGAUCUAUAUUUGUAGAUGCCUUGUAUAUUUGUACUUAGUGUCCACUGUGAAAUAUAUGUCAUUGGUUUUACCAUUUAAGUGAUAAAUAUGCCUGAAAACAUCCAUACAAUGAAUCUUAUGUCAUAAAACAAAUCACCACUGUAUUUAUAAAACCCGUAUUGUUCAAUGUUUUCCUACUAAUUUUGAGCAUAAUUAAAAAUUGUAUAUGUGUAUAUAUGCCCAGGCACUUAACAUGUAGUUGGCAUACUAAGCAAUUUAUUUAUCCUUUAUGCAGUUUAUUUUGUCCAGCAAUUGAGCUCCAAAUUAACUAUCAUUAAACUUUUGAAAAAUGAUUAAAAGUCAAAAAGUUUUAAAAAAAUAAAAAAUAGAUUAAAUAUAAUUCAUUAAUUUUUUUUCUCAUUUGUGUGGAUUACUGUGUUGGAUUUAGAUGUGCAUGUAUGUAUUAAAAUUUGGUGAACUGUGAAAUUAGUUAAUUCUUUUAAUUUAUUUUGUGAAGUUUAAAUGUAUUAAUAUGAAGAACAAAUUUCAGAGUAUAAAUUUGAAAAAAAUCUACUCUGAAUAAAACAUUUAGAUUUUAAUAUGUAGGCAGUUUUAUUUUUGAACUUGAAAUCAACAUUUAUGUGUUGCUUUUUGCAUAGUUUAAUGUGAAAGGAAGUAAGUUUGAUGUUUAAACAUACUUUUACGAACAUGAGGCCUUCCAAUAACCAACAUAUGAUUGACCGUUGAUGAAUAUCUUGACAAUUGAAGAAGUUUGAGUAUUGGAUUAAAAAUAUGAAUUCUAUUUUAGUUAUUCAAAAUGAUUUGUAUAAAGAUGCUAUUUCAUUUGUAAAUAAAACAUAUUUUG